CAACAUUGUUGGCUUCCAAAAGGGGGCAAAUUUUAUUCUACUGACUGAUUAAUUACUCAGUGAACACGUUCAGCUUGAAGAGACAUUUUAAUUAUUCAGGGGCUGCAUGGAUGAUAAUAUAGGCCUUCUGUGUCUUCCCAGUCGUCCAGAUCUUGUCACGUGACACCAAGCCCCUGUUUUUGUGUACUUAAGGAAAUGUUUCCCUGGAUCAAAACCCACUGAAGGCAAGACCCAGAUAUCAGGCCAAGGUAACGUAACAGCCCUGGACAGGGAGUGUUUUGCUUAUUCUGACUGCUUUUGUUGGAACUUUGAAAUGAACAGCUGGCCUGUGCACAUAAACCGCCUGCAAUUGUUUUGGCUAAACUUCACUCCAUUCCUGAAGAGAACUUAUGACUCUUGCUUCAAAAAAGGUAGCAGGCUCUUCAAGGCCAUGAAGGUCCUCUCCAGCAGCAAGAGAUUAUGGAAAGAGUCGGUGCUGCUCAGAAGCCGUAAAAAAUUGUCCAACCUGCGCUUCCGCUGCAUCGUGGACCCAGUGAAGGUAACUGUGAGAAUGGGUAACCCACACGAGUCCAAGAUCUGCUGUACUCAGAUUGGCAGGAAAAGUAAAGCCUACUACUCUGGUGAGUGGUCAAGCCAUCAUGACACAGAUGACAAGAAAGCCAGUUGGUACAGGAACCAACAACGCCACCAAAACAGCCAGUCCAGCUCACACCUCUCUGACACAGAAACUCCCCAGCCAGCGUGUCCUGCUGGAUCAGUAGCCUCAUGGGUGCGUUUCAGCUUCAAUACUCCAGAGCGUGCAGCAGGAAGCAGCUCAGUCCAUUAUGGCAUUCCUGCCCGUAGCCACCAAAGGGCCACUGGUGAUAAACAAAACAGCUCAGAAGUUGCAGGAGAAGGUCUCCAAGGACAGAGGUUGCCACCACAUACUGUUGGUUUGAAUACAGAAGAGUCGGCUCCCCGCCGUUCAGAACACCCCCGUGAGCGCUUUAACUGUCCACCCAGUGAGACAAAUUUCAUCCCAAGUCCAAUCUUACCAGGCCCCAGGCGGGUUGUAUACUCCACUCUGGCUUCAGAUACUGUAUCCAGAACCCAUCUCAACAGUGAGGAUUAUGUCUACCCGCAUUCUCCAAGAGGUCCUCAGCAUCGUCUUGGGUUAGAGUGGCACCAGCGUUUGCCAGUGGCCCAACAAGCUGAGGUGUAUGUUUACCUUGUCAGCCCUCCCCCUCCUAGCCCAGAACACAACCCUGAGCAGCCCAACCAUCCCUUCUCAGCACCUCGGACUAUCUCUGGGAAGGAAAUGCUAACAAACCGGAUGUCUCUCAGCCAGAGCAGGGGCAGUUCCAGUCAGGGCCAUGGAGUCCAGGGGACCAGUGACACCCAUAAGCAACGCAAGAGCAUCUGGGAGAGAAAACAUCAGAGAAGGUCUCUGCAGCCCAAUUCAGAGUAUGAAAAGCUGGCAGGAAGCAAUGGCAGCCCCAACAUGGACCAUCAUGAACCAUUCCCUCAUAAUCCAUCUCUCUUGGCAGACAGAGGGAGGGGUGGACUUGAUGUUGUACCACCCACCAUUGCCAGCUAAUGAUGCCCAAUGAUGAGGGUGAGAGAGCCCAGCCAAGUUUAAUGCGGUGAAACAGCAGAUAGACUCCUUGGGUAAGGAAGAAACAACAUCUCCUGCUAUCUUCACUUGCAAACUUUGGGUAUCCUUGGGCUAGUUAAAAUAAAAGCAAAGC